AUGGGCCGGCUCACCGGCGCUGUUCUGGGCGCAGCAUGUCUGCUCACUUCCAUCAGUCCCGCCAUUGCGGCCACAGCACCUGGCACUGUGGGUUUCAACUUUGAAAAGCGCCGAGUGAAUGCGCAGGAAUUUCCGCGCCGCCUCUCCCGACGUGAUUCUAACACCGUUACUGCCACUUUGGACAAUGAGCUUCUUCUCUACUUGAUCAAUGUGACGGUCGGGACACCCGGUCAAUCCAUCUCCCUCCAAAUCGACACUGGCUCCUCCGAUAUCUGGUUCCCGGCGGUCAACGCCGACAUUUGCGAACAAGAUAGCGAGACGUGCAGUCUCGGUACCUACGAUUACAGCAAAUCCUCAACCUACGCGGAUCCAGGCAUGCCUGAAUUUCAAAUCCAAUAUGUCGACGGCUCACAGAUCGCCGGUGCAUACAUUUCCGAUGUCUUGAACAUUGGCAGCACGAAGCUUACGAACAUGACCAUGGCUGCUGCUUUGACUUCAAAUUCAAGAGGACUUGGUAUAAUGGGCAUUGGCUUUGACUCGGGCGAAGCGGCUAGCGAACUGAACGGGUUUCAGUAUCCGAACGUCAUCGACGUUUUAAAAAGUGAGGGUCACAUCAACACGUUGUCUUAUUCUUUGUGGCUGGAUGACUUGGAGGCCAACACGGGCAGCAUUCUCUUUGGUGGCGUCGACACAAGCAAAUAUCAUGGUGACCUGGUUGCUCUUCCCAUUCAGAUAGAUUCUCAGACCGGGGUUAUCAGCUCCAUGACCGUUGCUUGGACCGGACUCACUGCCACCGGUGGCGGCAAGACUUCUGACCUUUCACCAUCGGCUCCCCAGCCAGCCAUUCUAGACUCCGGGACCACUUUUCUCCUCCUCCCAGAUGAGAUUGCCAACAACAUUUACAACGGAGUAGGGGUGUUGACAGAUCCGUCCUACGGCAACGUUGUGCCUUGCUCUCUCGCCGAUGACGACCUCACCUUCUCUUUCCAGUUCGGUGGCAAGGACGGACCCAUCGUCAAUGUGAGCUUGUCAGAGUUUGUGACGCCCUUGGUGACCACGGAUGGAUCUCAACCUAAGUUUCGCAACGGAGAAGAGGCAUGCUCCUUUGCUGUGCAGGCGGCGGGCGACAACCCGAUUCUGUUCGGUGACGCCUUUCUCAGGAGCGCAUACGUUGUCUACGACUUGGAGAAUCAAGAAAUCGCCAUUGCUCAGACCAACUUUGACGCCGGCAAGGCGAAUAUCCAAGCUUUCCAAGAAAGCAGCGGCGUUCCCAAUGCUGUGUCAACAGCUUCGGCGGCGAGCGUGGCGCAGACUUUUACUGGCAUCGCUCACGUUACCGAAGCUACAGCGACCGCUACUGGAGAGAUCGCCGGCGCCUCUAGCAGGUCUGCUACUUUCAACCUCACGCCGACCACCAGUGGAUCGAGCAGCACCAGCGCCACCGGAAAAUCCAGCUCCAGCAGCAGUUCAGCGGCCAACCCCAACCUUCGCGCCUUCCCAAUCGAGUCCGCCAGCGUUGUCGCUGGAUGCGUUGUGGCAGUGGGAUUUUUGUUCGGUGGAGGCCUGUUGAUCCUGUAA